AUGACGGCAACGACACCGCGACACGCGGCCGCAGCGAACGGAAACCACGAUGGCGAAGACGAACCGCCGGCCGCCCGCGCCGGCCUGCCGUGCGCCAACGCCACGCUGUCGCCCUGGCUAAAGGAGCCCUCGAAGCGGCUACUGGGCCACCGGAGCACGGCCGAGCUGCCCGGCAGCGCCGACGUGGUCGUCGUCGGCAGCGGCAUCACGGGCGCCUUCGCGGCGCAUUUCCUCAAGGCCGGGGCCGCGAGGGGCCAGAGCGUCGUCAUGCUCGAGGCUAGGGAGGCGUACUACCGGGCUCAUCGAGCCAAGGCUGUUCGCCGCCACAAUGGAGGGGGCGGCGUUCGAGGCCGAGAGCUACCGGCUCGUGCGGGACAUUGUGCGCGUGGCGGGCAUCAAGUGCGACUGGGUCGACAGCACGUGCCUGUACUUCAACGACGAACCCCUGACCACCUUCGGCGAGGCCAUUAUCGACGAGUUCGCCGAGCGGUUCCCCGCCCUGAACAAGCUGCUCGGGGCCCAGCGGCUCAGGGCGGCGGCGGCGGCGGCGGCGGCGGGUGGACGCUGACGACGCCCCGCGGCGACAUGCGCGCGGCCAAGGUGCUCCUGGCCACAAACGGCUACACGUCGGCGCUGCUGCCCGCCUUUGCGGACCUCAUCUCGCCCGUCAGGGCCCAGGCCUGCGCGCUGGUGCCCAAGCCCGGCGGCGCUGCUGCUGCUGCUGCUGCUGCUGCGGCCGGUGGUGGCCCCCGCAUCGACCUGGCGCGGUGCGCGUACAACUUUGUAGCCGCCAACGGCUCGCACGACAACUACAUCAUACAGCGGCCACGCGACGGCAUCGGCACCGGAACCGGCACCGGCGGGGGGGGGGAGCUCAUCUCGGACGGGGCGCGCCACCUGGCGCCGGGCCGGGGCGUGGGCGAGUGGCGCGACGACGCGGCCGACGCCGACGUGGCGGCGCACCUACGGGCGCUGCUGCGGCGGGUCGUGGACGCCAACAGCGGGCAGGGCAAGGCCGAGUUCGGGGACGCCGAGGACGAGGAGGACGUGACGGCGUUCGACUGGACGGGUGUCAUGGGCUUCUCGCGCGACCGCAUCCCCUGGGUCGGACGCGUGCCCGAGUCGCACGGCGGGGGGCCGGGGCUGUUCCUGUGCGCCGCCUACACGGGUCGGGGCCUGACGGUAGCGCCGCUGUGCGCGAGGAGGAGGAGGAGAAGGAGGAGGAGGGGCAGCAGCAACGGCAGAAGAAGCGCGGCCGACGACCCGCCCAUGAGCAACAUGCCGGCCGGCUUCCGCAUCGACCUACCCGGGCGGCUGGAAACCGUCGAGAACGAGUGGCCCGACGUGGCCACCAUCGAGGAGGGCGGCAGCGCGCUCUUGCUGCAGACCGUCAUCCACAAGCUCAUGACCAAGUGGUGCGGCUACGGCGACUGCUACGACGGCGCGCCGCCCGAGCUGACCGUCCACGGCACCCUGCGCACCAUCCAGCAGGCGUACGACGAGCUGGUGGGUGGUGGUGGGCGUGGGCAUGGGCAUGGGCAUGUCGGGAAGUGA